AUGUCGGUCGCACUGCCCUAUCUGAACAAACUGCGCAAGAGCGAUCUUGUUGAUUUCGCCCAAAUCACCGGUCUCAAUGGCUACGAAGACUACAACAAACCAGACUUGAUCAUCGCGCUGGACAACCAUCUCUUCGCCAAUCGCUCUGCAUUCGCUGGUGAUGACCGGCUUGCGGAUUAUUAUAGGCGUCUGGCGCAGCCGGCAAGGUUUGCGACGCCGGCGAAGAGAGCGAUGAGGGUUGAGGUGCCGUCUUCGUCCCCUGCGGAGGUUACUAGGUCAACGCGCCGACAGAGGGCUGUUCAGCCGCAGCCUGUUGUGAAGAAGGAGGAGAAGGAGAGCGGGAGUGAACAGGAGCAGGACCAGGAGCAGGACCAGGAGGAGACCAAGUCCCCGCGGAGUGUGGCGGUUACUGACGAUUCUGAAGCCGCUACUGUUCAGGAAAAUACUGUUGUUCCGCCUGAGACUCCGAAGGUUCCGACUCCCAAGGCCCCCGCCACGAUCUUGAACGUGGAUCUGCCUCCCUCUCCAGCUGUGGUUACGGAUGUGAUUGAUCGCCAGACUGCUGCGUGGGGCAAGAGCAUCAAUGAGACUUGGAAUUCGUCGGGAGUUAUCGAACGUUCGAACGCGCUGCGCUCACUUCUCAGCAGCGUAAAAGCCAUUGAGACCCUGGUCUUGCUCCUCGAAGGAUCCGGCAUCAUCCGGCAGAUCUGGCCCUUGCGCUACCUUACUACGGUUCCUGCUAUCGAGGCAAUUCACACUCCGGAGUUCACGCUCAAAGUCCCUGACAUCUUUAUUCUUGUCGACGGGGCUUUCUGGGCUCCGUUCUCGCUGUGGCUGUUGACCAAUGUCUUUCUGCCGCUUGGCGCUGCUUACUUUUUCAAUCUCAAGGCGACCAGUACCGACACUACCCGCAACGGUUCUUCGCAGAAGACCAAUUUUGACCCAUUGAGCUUCAACAUCGCUCGCGCAUUGGCCGCGUAUCUGGUCUACGCCAAGCAUUUCAGUUUCUGGGAUCUGUACAGUGGUUUUACGAUUGACAAGGUCAAUGCGUCAGUGCCUGGUGAGUGGACUGGGAUGUUGACCGGUACUGCUAUUGGGCUUGUUGGGACGUUGUAUGAGGCGAUUCUUCAGAAGUGA